UGCACAUUAAUUAACGUGUGCAGGGCGCAUGCGUAAACGUAUUAACAUUUCGGCCAUCUAUCUCUACAUCGCCCUCAAGUGGCCUUCACCACUUUAGUGCACGUUCCAGUGUAACUCUGCCUCUGAAUACAUUUCAGUGCUUUUGAUAAUCCACUAUGGUAAUCAUGACAAUCAUAGUCCACGGUUAAGUUCACGAAGGACAAAAUGGCGGUUGCCGUAAAGUUGUCGUUGAACGUGUAAUUUAUCUUCUUAUAAUUUGACGCACUUGUCGUCUGUACUUUGGGGUAACAUUAUUCCGAAGUGUAUAGCGAGUGAACUAUAUCAGUUUAAUUCCAUCUUAGUGUGUGUUUUGAUUAGUGAACUGUAUCGUCGGCCUGAUGCGGGUCGCAAACGAAUCGCCUAUUGCAAAUGAUGACUUCAAUGCUGCCUAGUUUCAAUCCACCGAUCGUAAAGAGGCUAUUGGGUUGGAAAAAAGGCGAGGGUGAAGACAAAUGGAGUGAAAAAGCUGUGAAGAGUUUGGUGAAAAAACUAAAAAAGUCCGCGGGGCUCGACGAACUUGAAAAAGCGAUCACCACGCAGAGUUGUAAUACCAAGUGCAUCACUAUACCAAGACCCAAUCAAGGAGGAAUCGGUGAUAACGGAGUCCAGGGCAUUCGGGGAAAGGGUCUACCACACGUAAUUUACUGUCGAUUGUGGCGUUGGCCAGAUUUACAGUCGCACCACGAGUUGCGAGCUAUUGAACAUUGCGAAUACGCAUUUACUCAAAAAAGAGACGAAGUUUGUGUGAAUCCAUAUCAUUAUCAAAGAAUACAAACUCCAGUUUUGCCAGCAAUCUUGGUGCCAAGGCAUAGUCUUUCUGGUGACGAAUCAGUUUUGUAUAAUACCUCACUAGAAGAGUUGAGCGUUAGUGUACCAGAAAACACAAGCUUUCACGCAACAUUAAACCAUCAACAGCACAACCAACAGGGCAUUCCGCAAUCUCCGCAACAGCAGCAACCGAAUAAUCCUUAUCAAGGAAUGCAGAGCAUGCAAGCAACAAGUCCUGCGAGUGUUGGUAGUUUAGGAAGCGUCCAAGGGUCUCCACGGCCGGCUCCAGGAUCUAUGGAUCCUCCAGCUGAUACGCCUCCACCUGGUUAUAUUAGCGAAGAUGGUGACAAUAUGGAUCAUAACGACAAUAUGUCCCUAUCACGUUUGUCUCCUAGUCCGGUAGAUGCGCAACCAGUGAUGUACUGUGAGCCUGCAUUUUGGUGUUCAAUAAGUUACUAUGAACUUAAUACAAGAGUAGGUGAAACAUUUCAUGCCUCUCAACCGAGUAUUACAGUGGAUGGUUUCACGGAUCCAAGUAAUUCAGAACGCUUUUGCCUUGGCCUUUUAUCCAAUGUAAACAGAAACACAGUUGUUGAACAAACCCGACGGCAUAUUGGGAAAGGAGUAAGGCUGUAUUACAUUGGUGGCGAAGUGUUUGCUGAAUGUCUAUCAGAUUCUAGUAUUUUUGUGCAAAGCCCUAACUGUAACCAACGUUAUGGAUGGCAUCCUGCAACUGUUUGCAAAAUACCACCUGGUUGUAAUCUUAAGAUUUUCAACAAUCAAGAGUUUGCUGCGCUCUUGUCGCAGUCGGUAUCUCAAGGUUUCGAAGCUGUAUAUCAGCUGACACGAAUGUGUACGAUCCGAAUGAGUUUUGUAAAGGGUUGGGGAGCCGAAUAUCGCCGCCAGACUGUUACUUCAACGCCGUGUUGGAUAGAAUUGCAUUUAAAUGGACCACUCCAAUGGCUCGACAGAGUUCUGACGCAGAUGGGUUCACCUAGAUUGCCAUGUUCAUCGAUGUCUUAAAAGAAAAAUCCUUCAGGAUGACCUUGCUUGGUCGAAUGUCUCGCUACUCUGCUUAAGCCUUUGGAAGAUUAUUGGGCUAGGACGAACGGAAAACUUCCAAUUGAUCGUUUCAUGUAUAAUUUAAAAUUGUAAUUAUUUCAUUUCAAAAUCUCCGUUAGUUGCGAUGAUGAAGUAUCGAAUAAUCAUGGGAAACAUGAUAAAAAAUAUGCAUGCAAGUGGACCAGGCAAAGAUGUGAUUGCGAUGGUACUCCAUGUCAGGAAUACACAUUUUGGUCACAAAGAUUGAAUACCAAACCUAGCUCUCAGAAUGCCUAUGGUUUAGAAAUCAUUGAUUUGUAAAUGACGACUGUAUUAAGGAAAAUUUGAAAACAAAUAUCAAGAACUUUGAAUUUUUUAUACAUUACCAGCUGCUGUAUUUGUAAAUACAUAUAACGGGUUCCAUCUUAUUUAAUCUAAUCAGUGAAAGUCAAUGACGUCAAUUUUUUUUACCAAUUAUCUUUCGGAUCUGAUGUUUGGCCAUUUUUCGCCACCUCUAUUGGUUUUAUCAAAUAUCCCUUUUUUCAUCAUAUUUUCGAAAACAGACAUUCAUUAAUUAGUUCCAAUACCAAGAACAUUAAUAUUUCUUAAAAAUGGUCGUAGAAAAAAAUGUGUCAUAAGAUUUGAGCUUACCGCAAUAACAUUAUCAUAAAUUUUUUCUAUCACAAAGAAAGAUGAAAAUCUUUUAACAUUUAUUUUAGGAUGCCUGAAUCUUAUGCUGCAUUUUUCGUCUCAUAUCAACGGAGUACUAACAUUUCUGAUGUUGAAACCAAUUACAAAACGCGUGUUACGAAAAUCAGGAAAAUUAAUGUAAUUAAUAAAACAAUAGAGGGGGCCAAAGCGGAAAAUGGUCAGCCACGUUUUUUACUUUUUUUUGUCAGAGUAUAAUCGAAAGCAAUCUGACGAAAAAGUCAGCAUCCGCUAUCUUCCUUGAUUAAUAAUAAGUUUAAUAAGAUGGAAACCCACACAUACAUAUGUUUAUGUACAACGCACAUGAACUGGCUGCCAAUCCCACUUACAUCAUUAAUUGAGAAAUUUCGUUUUUCAAUUUCAGAAUUGAUUAACAAGUUUCAAGUAUCGAGAAAAUUGAUAAUUUACUACAGUCCACUGGAAGAUUGCUUACACAAUUGUUUCUUCUUACUAGUCUAACGUAUAGCAAAAAUAUUUAUUGUACGUUGCUUUAAAGUUAUUCUCCAAUUCAACCUUAAUACCAGAUUGAACCUUUCCACUUUAAUUAUUUUCAAAGCUGUUUACUAGAGUAUUAUUUAUUACAUAAACUGUACAUUAUUUCGACAUCAUUCGUCAUGGUUUGAAAUUUAGAAAUAUAUUAGGCAAAAAUUUAGUGAGGCAUUUUUUUCACUGUUGUCUUUUGCUUUAAUGUCGAGGAUGAUUAUUUUAGAAUAACCAGAUUCACUCAAUUGAAUUUUGUCAAAUGGAAAUGAGUCAUGAGAAACAUACAUUAUCCCAUAUUUGCAAGCUAAUUUGCAAGCAUUCUUCUCUUUUGCAUUACUGUAUAAAAAUGAGCCUGAUUCUAUGCAUACAUCAUUAUGAACAGUUGCGUUCAGCAGAUAUGAAUCUUGCAUAAUAUUUCCUUAACACCAUUACUAUGGUGAUUUUGUAUUGAUAUUAGCUGACGAACCACAUCACUUCCAUAACUGUAAUCUUUGCUGAAUGUGAAAGAAGUUACACUUA